AUAGGUUACGGGGCCAGAUGCGACAACAUAUUUCGGUAGGAAAUACUGUCACACGCAAAAUAUAAUGGCCGCUGUCGAUUUUGACAUGUGUUUCAUAUUCAUUUCCUGCGGAUGGGAAGAAAGUAUGCAUGAUAGUCGCAUAUUCAACGAGAUACUAACAAAUGACAAUGUCGCCUUCCCACAUCCUGACGAAGGCAAAUAUUAUCUUGUCAAUUCUGGCUAUCCAAACCGGAUUGGUUACUUAGCACCAUUCAAAGGCCACCGUUACCACCAACAAGAAUUCCGACGUAUUGCACGGAACGCGAUGGCAAACACACCAAGGGAAUUAUUUAACAAAGUGCACUCGUCCUUACGCAGUGUGGUGGAACGCACUUUCGGUGCCUGGAAAAAUCGAUGGGGGUUUAUUCGAGACAUGCCUCGGUAUGACUUUGCAAAUGUGCAAGUUCAGUUAGUAGGUGCGUCAAUGGCAUUACAUAAUUAUAUACGGUGAAACACAGGUAACCCAACAACUGUUCAGCCAAUCUGUGACGAGGAAGAGGCAAUGACAAUAGUAAAUGCCAUACCAGAAGUUGAACAUGACGAGGAUGGUUUAAUGGUUGGAGAUGAGGACCCCCAUAUGGCAUUGGUCCGCCUUCACAUACGCGACAAAUUAUAU